UCUUCUAAAGCUCAAAUUCCACAUUUUUCAGUGCAAAAGAAGAAAAAAGUAUGGCUUCUUCUUCUUCUUCUUCGGACAAUCCAUUGUCAAAAGAUACAAUGUCGAAGGAAGAAGAAAGAUUUGCAACGAAAAAAUCCACCCCAAAUUGUCUAACAUUACUACCCUUUUCAGCUCCCCCGCAUUUCAGGCAACCGGCUCCUCCACAUUUGAAGCCAAACCUACAGUUACUAAAAGUAGCAGCGACCCACGUUGCCACUCAACUCCAUGAUUCCAUUCUCAUAUCUGCUGAUAAAUUCCUCAGCAUGCUGCAUGGUUUAGCUUCGCAGAAUCCCCUUCUCUGCAGACUUCUAUCGUUUUCUUCUCAUCUCCAAAGUUUCAGCUCCCAGAUGCGGUGCAGAAACUAUGGACAUUUGGAUGCCCGGUCCAACCAUAACUUUGCAGCCGUCUUACUUGGCGAUUCGGUUGCUGGAAUUGUGGUUACUAAUGGGAUUCUGAAUUUCCUGAACAUCUAUAAUACAUUAUUAAUUGUUAGGCUUGUUUUGACCUGGUUUCCUAAUGCUCCUCCAGCUGUUGUUAGCCCCUUGAGCACCAUAUGCGAUCCCUACUUGAACAUAUUUCGUGGGAUUAUUCCACCACUUGGAGGGACUCUGGACCUUUCACCUAUAUUAGCAUUCCUUGUUCUGAAUGCUUUUACCAGUACAGCUGCCGCACUUCCUGCUGAACUUCCCCCUACAGGAGUUUCUGAACGUCUGCCAUCUCGCACAACAGUAUCACCCUUUACGACAUCACAGAAGAAAUGGAUCAGAAGACUUUCCAGUGUCAAGUCAAAAAACUCAUCUGGUGAAAAUUGAAUCAAUUCAUUAGGCCUCAAUUGAUUCUGUCCUGUUACAAGAGGAGUCGUGCUGUAGGAUACUUUUAUUUUGCUUAAUAUUCAUGUAUAAGGUACAAGAAAUCCUUGACUUUCACGCUCAGAAAUGUAAAUUUGCUUAUAUGCGUCAGAUUAUUCUCUCCUGUGUUCAUCAUGCCACUUUGAGCUUCCAAAAACAUUUACAAUGAUCUGGCAAACUGCCCAAUUUCAACCUGUGCUAGGUCCUUUAGCUACAAGGAAGUACAUUCUCUCACAAUUUAUUCUGACCA